ACAACAAUAUCCUACUAAUUCACUUAUAGAAGCACGAUACCAAAGUGGAAAUAAACCAUUUUAUAAUUGGUACAAUGUGCAAUCUUUAGGAUAUUAUCCAACACAGUUAAAAUUUACUCAGAAAAAUUUAAAAGAAGGUAUUCAAUAUCCAAUUCCUGAUGAAUAUAGAGUUGAAACAAGCUUAAUUAAAAAACAAAUACGAUGUGAAACAAAAUAUCAGUCAAAUGAAAAAGUAAAAUUUAUAGUUAAAUGGAUAGAAAAUAAAACUAAAUGGAGUUUAUAUAGUGAUAAAUCAGCAUCGAAUAUAAUUAGUUCUUUUUUAAAGUUAUCUGGUUCACAAAUAUUUGGAUUUGAUAUUG